CAAAGUGAUUCAAGACUCGUACACCAAAGCAAACACACACAGAGCAGUUGUACAGUAACAGAGAGAGGAUAAAGAAUCACAUGGUAGUGAGAUUACUAGUUCCAGGUGGGUCAAGAGAAAGUAAAUAGAAAAAAUAUAUAUAUAAAUAGCAGAAACUGGUUCAGCAGGAAGACCAGCAUGGAUUGUCUUGUUCUGUGGACCUGUUUGCUGAGGUGAUGUGGUAAAUACUUAAUCAGAUCAAACCGAAAAUUUACAACCUUCUCAAGCUACAAAUCGGAGGCACAGAAGGGAGUUUGCACUGUGGUGACACAAUGACAUCAUCCAGGAGAACAUGGAUGUUCUCCUCAAUGCGUUCUACGACUAGACCGUCAUUAGAUGAAAGGGAAAAUCCUUUCAGGAGGAGAUUAUUUUCUUCUUUCAGAGGUGAUCAACGUGAACAAAAGUCUCAAGGACUAGAAGACGGUGUCUCUGACAUAGAUAAGAGACGAAGUUUCUCAGAUGGAGGGCUUGAGACCAACAAAGGUGUCUUUCUUCCAGGUGAAGAUCAAUCAGACAUGGGAGCCAUGAAGAGGUUCAGUACCUUAUUUUCGUCCUUCCGUGGGAAAAUCAACAAAGACAGAACUGGCAAGGAACCAGAUCUACCUGCUAGCGCAGAGCUCUCUCCCGUGGAAGAAAAGGCAAAGGAGCAGCGCUACGCUAGCGGGCAGUUUUUCUUCGAAUAUCUGGUGGUGGUUCGACCUAAGAAGAACAAAGAUGGCAUAUAUGAGCCACAGAUCAUCUAUCAGUUCCCUAAGAAGGAUGGAAUGGUGCGAUUUCAGAAGGAGGAGGAAGAGAAGACGUUAAAGGCGCUCACACUCUUUUGCUUUCCAGAGGGUGUUAACUGGGCGCCCUUAACAGAAUGUCCCAGUGAAACAUUCUCUUUCGUGCUUACAGAUGUUGAUGGUUCGAGGAAGAAUGGAUACUGUAGGAGGCUGCUGCCUGAUGGGAAGGGUGCUCGUCUGCCAGAGGCCUACUGUAUCAUCAGUAAUGUAGCCUGUUUUGGACUCUUUUCCAAGAUUUUUGAUGAGGUGGAGCAACGCAGAAAGAUCUCCAUGGCGAUGAUUUACCCAUUUAUGCAGAGCCUGAGGGAGGCGGCUUUUCCUGCCCCUGGACACACUGUUAAUAUCAAAAGCUUUAUUCCAGAAAGAGGCACUGAGAUCAUCAGUUUGACUCGUCCGACAGACUCCUGGCUGGAGCAUGUAGAUUUCCGUACGUUGUUCACAUGCCUGUCAGAUGAUGAGGUGCUUAAGGUCUUUGCUGCUAUUGUACUUGAGCGGAGGAUCAUCUUCAUCGCUGAGGAGCUUGGGACAUUGUCUCAGGUCAUCCACGCAGUGGCUGUUCUCCUGUAUCCUUUCAUCUGGCAGCACACGCUCAUUUCCAUCGUUCCCGAGAUCCUAAUCGAUGUCAUCAUGGCCCCCACACCAUAUCUGCUGGGUGUCCAGAAACGCCUCGCAGAUCAGGUCAUUGACCAGACUGAGCUGCUUGUUGUUGACUUGUCAGAAGACAGGAAGGAGACGUUUAUCAAGUGUAUGGGAGAUGAGGACACAAUAUUACCUCACAAACUCAAAGAGGAAAUCAAGCAGGCCCUCAGUGCCAAAAAUGAGAAAUCAAGUCUUGAGGAGUUGAACCGGGUGGUCCCAGAAGCUUUCCUACCGUUCUUUAUCAAGACUGUCGGCCACUACUCUAAACACAUCGUGCGGAAUGGCCAAGACAAGCGGGGCGAGUUCCAGCAAACGCAUUUCUGUAAAGCUAUAGAAUCCAAGAGCAUGAGACGGUUUGUAAAGAAGUUCGUACAGACGCAGAUGUUCGACCUCUUCAUUCAGGAAAUGGAACAGAGACCCGCCUCUCAGGACGGCACAGGGUUUUUUGACAGAAAGAUUGCUGAAUACCAGAAAAAGAUGAAAGAGAAAGCCAAGAAACACUAGUGGAAGCAUUCACCAAAAAUGUGGUUGUAAAUCUUGUGUGAAAUAAAUCAGUUAAACUGUAGAUAGAAGGAAUGUAGAUAGAAUUAAAUGUCAGAUUAUUUUUUAUUUAUGUUCUCAUGUGUUCAGUUUGUCAGAGUUUUACUGCUGUUUGUCAUUAGUGUUGGGGUCUUGUUGGGUGUCAGGGGUAAUUGUUUUGUAAUAAGCUGCUGUAUUUAAUGUAUGUAAGGCUUCAGCUAAACGUUUUGACCAGAAGGUUUAAUGUUACAGAAACUGAGCCAGUAGAAACAUGCUGAAUUGAAAAACAUACCUUCCUAAAUGCAUUUUAAAUGAAAACAACACAGAUUCAGUCUGAUAUGGAAUUAAAUAAAACAUUUCAUCUCCAUAUAGAUCAUCUGUAAAUUAAAAACAUUACUGUAAAAGCACUGAAAGAUGUCAAAAUAUGUUUAUUCUAAAAUUAAAAGGAAAAAACUUUAAAGUGA